UCGAGCCCUACGAGCGAACAAGGAAGUGUUGAGGAAUAAUAUUGUGGAAACAUUUUACUACUAAUCUCGUUUUCAUUUGUUUAAUGUUCGGUUGCCAUGGAGACCACUGAGCCAGGUCAGGCAGAUGGAGAGGAGCGGAUGAUGGACCUGAGACCCAGGACCCGCUCCAAUCCAGAGGGGGCGGAGGACCGGCGGAGCAGCACCGGCAGCCUCAACAGCAGCCUGCCAACUGCGCCACAGCCAGCCGUGGGCAGCCGUGUGGAGGGAGAAGGAGAGGCGGCUAGCUCUGACAGCCCACCGGCCUCUGCCACCACCAUCGCAGCCACUGCAUCUGCCCCUGUUGCUGCGGUGGGAAACACUAACGCCGCCAAUCUGCCUGCCAUGAGUCCUGCAGUGAAGGAAAGACCCAAACUCUCUCAGCCGACCAUGCCCUCCCAGAUUCCCCCAUCGGCAGAGCUGCAUCUGCGGGCACCACGAGUCAACUGCCCUGAAAAAGUGAUCAUCUGCUUGGACCUUUCAGAGGAAAUGUCUCUACAAAAGCUGGAGUCCUUCAAUGGAUCCAAGACAAACGCCUUAAAUAUUUCACAGAAAAUGAUUGAGAUGUUUGUGAGAACCAAACACAAGAUUGACAAGAGGCACGAGUUUGCUCUGGUGGUGGUGAAUGAUGAUGCCAUGUGGUUAUCAGGAUUCACGUCUGACCCUCGGGAGCUGUGCAGCUGUCUGUACGACCUGGAAACCAACGUCUGCGAGUCCUUCAAUCUGGAAGAUCUCUUCAAUGUCAUUUUGCAGAAAAUCGAACUUCCUCAAAUGGAGAACGUUCAGACCAUACCUCCUCCUUUUGUAGUUCGGACUCUUCUUGUGUUCAGUCGGCAUGCAGGCAUGCUUCAGUUCAACCCCUCCGAUGCUGUCAAAAAAAUGCUGCAGUCUCCUUACUUCUUCUUUGAUGUGGUUUUCCUUCAUAACGGAACUGAAGAGCAGACAGAGGACACCAGCUGGAAGGACGUGUACGCCUCCUUCUGCGAGCUGGACACUAAGGGCAUGUGUUAUCGCUUUGAGGUAUCGCUGUGUGGUCCUGCUAUUGAGCUGCACAACUGCAUGGCCAAACUGCUGUGCCAUCCGCUGCAGAGACCCUUCCAGAGCCACGCGUCCUACAGUCUGCUGGAGGACGAGGACACGCAGGAGAACGAAGCCACUGUGUGAGAUUUUACUCAGUAGAGCCCUUAAAUCACUUAGAUUAAGGACUGAUGAACUCCAAAAUGAAGGAGUGACCUGUGAAUAACUGUGUAUAUAUAUGUGGCCUUGCCUACUAUAUCUGUACUGGUGAUGUCUCUUUUAUUUCUUUAAAACUUCAGUGUCUUAAUUUCCUAAUGCCGCCAUAACAAAUCUAAAGACGAUUGUGGAAGAGUUGAGUAUUGGUGGUUUGAUCUCAGCACUCGAUCCACAAACCAGUUAGCUUUGAGAACGUCACCUGUAAAUGAUUCAUGUUUUUAAGUGGUGGGGACUCAGAGAGGAGCUUGUGUGAAUGGUGGUCAUUUAGAUCUGUUGAUUGGUGCUAAAGGUUUGGUGAGAGCUCAUUUGGACAGCAUCUAAUAAAUACUGUUUGCUUGUUGCGGUUAAAUAAAUGAAUAGUAAAUACCC